UUCCUACACUAUUUUCUAAACUUCCUUUCUAUGUUGUUGCAACCUUUUAAUCAGUUUAAAAUCAAAGCCUCGACCGUUGUAAUAAGCACAUGCAAAGGUUUCACAGAAGUGGACCAACUGCAGGGUACUAACCCCAUCAAACACAAGAGUAGAUAGGACCUAACUUAUUUUCAAUAGAACCAACCAUGAGAUAAAAAAGUAUUACUUUUUCGAGGCUUUUCUUUGUGUUAAACAGUUAAAAGUUUGUAGAGGGUGUUACAGAAAAUAAAAAAAAAAAGAAAAUGAGUGAAACAAACUUAAAGUUGCAGAUUAUUUUAGUGGUAUUAUUCAUAAUUUUGAAGGGAAUGUGUGCAUUUGAGGAUUCGAUCCUGUUCUCCGUGUCGCGAGCGCCCAAGUACUUCGGCAUCCUGCAGGACCACCGCGGCCAGCCGCUGUCCGUCGAGCAGACCGACGACUACAUGGACCAAGACUACAUAGACACCAACAAGAAACGGCACAAAACGGGUUUCGAGAAAAAUCCAGCGGAAAUUGAUGAGGUUGAUGAAGAUGAUGAUGAAGAAGGAGUAGACGAAAAGGACAAGGAUGUUACAGUACCAGGAAAAUAUAACCUGCAACCUGGUCUUUUGUAGAGUCACGCAUUUUUAAAGAUAUGUUUACUAUGUCAAUUGAGCUACCCAUCUAAAUAUCUACUUGAGGUAGUUAUGUACCUACAGUAAAGGGCAGAAAGACCUGACCCCUCUCAGAAACAUUAUUACCAUGAGAGGGGGGUUAGGUUUCUCUGCACUUGACCGUACCUGUAAAUAAAGAUCAUAAAAGAAAAAAAAACUUAUUUUAUUUCAAUUAUUUUAUUUUCAUACAAACAAUACAAAAUAUCACACUCGAU